CAUCAUGAAACUCUUCAUUGUUGCUGCUUUGUUGAUCGUUGCUGUUCAAGGUGACUACGUUCUUAAAACUUUAGAUGACUUGCAAACCGCUCGUAAGGAAUGUAUCUUGGAAAACAAAGUUCCACAAGAACUUGUUGCUGAAUACCAAAAACGUAUUUUUAAGGAAGAAGGAGUUACUCCAUGUUACAUCCGUUGUAUCUUUACACGCUUGGGUCUUUUUGACGAAAAAACUGGCUUCAUCACAGAAAAUUAUUUGAAACAACUUGGCCGUGGUGACACUGUUAAAGAUGGAGUUGUUGGCUGCUAUGAUAACACUGGAACUGAUACAUGCUUGUGGGCAUACCGUGCAUUCACUUGCUUCACGAAACAAGGAUUCUUACCAGAAGGAUACUAAAGACUGAAAAACUAACAAAAUCUUUUUAUUUUAAAUUUUCUUAAUAUUUUUUCUUCUCACCUGAUGUUCAAAAUAAUUCAUUGCAAUGACUUGAAAGGAUUUCUUAUAAAUAAAUAACAAAAUUUAUUAAAAC